AUGGCUGACAGCGAGUACGUCGUCCUCCUCCCGGACGGAGGGCCGCCGACGACAGCCGCAACGACGCCGGCAGCAGCCCGCUGGACGCGCUGGCGUCGUCAGGCCCAGCACUACCUCGAGUCCAAGGAGAAGCACUACCUGAUCCUGGCGCUCGUGAGCCUCGAUGUCCUGGCCAUCCUGACCGAGAUCCUGCUGUCGCUCAUCACCUGCGACACCGGCACCGAGGACCUGCCGUGGGUCGAGCCGGUCGAGAACGUCAUCAAGAUCUGCGGCCUGGUCUUUAGCUGUCUCUUUCUGAUCGAGCUUAUCGCCAGCGUCUGGGCUUUUGGAUGGAGCUUCUUCUCCGCGUGGUUCCACUGCUUCGAUGCCUUUGUUAUCCUGAUCAGCUUCGUCGUGGACGUGCUGGCACACGGUGUCAUCGAGGAGAUCGCGUCGCUCGUCAUCGUCCUGCGACUCUGGCGUAUGGUCAAGAUUGUCGAGGAGCUGAGCGUUGGCGCUUCUGAGCAGAUGGAAGAGCUGGAGGCGCAGGUCGAGAAGCUGGAGCAGGAGAAGGACGAUCUUGUCGCCCGAGUGCGCGAGCUGGAGCAGGGCAGCUGA